AUGGACAUUACGCCGUCGGGCGCAUCCUCAAUGGGCCCGCCCACGCUGAACGGCGCAGUCGCUGAUCGGAACGGCACGCUCCCGACCCAGAGUGCCGCCGCCGACAGGGACCGCGACAACGUCUCGCCCACGGGCAACAGCAGCGGCAGUCUGGCGCCCGUCGUGGGCGCUGCCGCCGCCGCCCAGCAGCCCAAGGUCGUCCAGACGGCCUUUAUCCACAAGCUGUACAACAUGCUCGAGGACCAGGGCAUCCAGCACCUCAUCUCGUGGUCGAGCACAAACGAGAGCUUCGUCAUGUCGCCCUCGAGCGAAUUCUCAAAAGUCCUGUCAUCCUACUUCAAGCACACCAACAUCUCGUCGUUUGUCCGCCAGCUGAACAUGUACGGCUUCCACAAAGUGAGCGACGUCUUCCACACUGGGUCGCCAGACUCGCCGCUGUGGGAGUUCAAGCACGGCAACGGCAACUUCAAGCGCGGCGAUUUGGUCGGCCUGCGCGAGAUCAAGCGAAGAGCAUCACGACACGCCCUCAUCCACAGAGACUCGUUUUCCGCUCCCAAAGUCCCCACCAUUCCGUCCGUGGGCCAGACUGUCGAGCCAAUGCCAGAUCCAGUCGAAUCGCGACUCAACGUCCUCGAGCACAACUUCUACGACAUGCACACGCGGAUGCAGCGUUCAGAAGAUACAUGUGCCUACCUCAACCAGAAGGCUCUCGUUUUGAUGGAGGGGAUGGUGCGAUGUCACCAGUGGAACCAAGACCUCACAAACUCCAUCAUGGCCAUGGUGCCAGACCCAGAACAUCCAAUCCACAAAGAUGUUGCAAUGAUGCAGCGCGAUAUCGGCCGAUACACCGAAAUGCUCCGUAGUCUCGAGGUCUCCGAAGAGCCCUACUCCGCACGACAAUCCCACUUUAUGCAGGUCGACAGCAGCAACGGCCCACCUCUUUCUCCACGACAGAUGCCUCACGACAGCAUCUCAGAAUCGCGAAGAGGAUCGCUAGCCAACGUCUCCCGUCAAACGCCAAUCAAAGCCCCAGUUCCACCCCACCUCGCCAUCUCCCCCCGUCGAUACGGCUCGAUAGGCACAGGGAACUACUCCCCCUCAUCGGCCAGAACUCCAGUCGCAUACCAGCCCCCACCACCACCGCCUCCUCCCCCGCCAACCAUCCAGCACCCAGGCGCAAGCCUAGGAAGCAGCUCAUCCCCACCAUACAACCUAUACAGAAGGCACACCUCAGCAGACAUCCGCACCCACGGCUGGCAAGCCCAGCCCCCUCCUCCCCCUCCCGCCCACUCCCCCUACGCAUCCGGUCACAACUCCUCCGCCUGGCCCUCCUCCCCACACCGGACACCCAUCGGCGGCGGCGGCGACCAGCAGAUCCGCGACGCCCUCGAGCAAUACCAGCUGCCCCGCGCCCCACGCGGGCAAUCCUCCCGCCAAGGCACCCCGCCCUGCAUGAACGACAACGGCCCGUCGGGACUGGGCGCGGAUAACGGCUGGUCGCUCCCCGGCGCCAGAUUCCCCUUCAGAGGUAUCGACACCCCCGGCCCGCCGACGAGACGCUCCAGUCUGGCCUCGAAUCUGCACUCGCUGCUCAAUCCUGCGGAGACUGCAGAGCGCGACGAUGAGGAUGACUUCGAUGAUCCGAGGAAGCGGAAGAGGCUGCAGUGA